ACUUGGCCUGAUCACAUGAGAAACAAUAUAUUUUAUACAUGUCUACAUAUAUUUUAUCAUUUAUAAAUAUAAAAUAUAAUUUGUCCACGCGUAUAAAACUCUUAUACACGUACAUUAAUAAAUUAUCUCCAUAUAAAUCAGUGUGUGUAUCAGUGCCGUCUAACCAAUAGAAAAAUAAAAACAAAAAUAAUAAAUUCUAGUUAAUAAAAAAAAACUACUCGAACGAUGAAUGAAAGGUUAAAAAAUUACAAACUAAUUAAUUAAUACACCACUAAUUAGUAAAUUAAUUAAUAUAAUACAUUAUAUUUUUUUAUCGUCAGUUCGAAUUAUAAAUGGGAUAAAAAAUAGUCAUAUAUUUAUAACAGUCAAAUAAUAGAAUGACGUGUUAUAUAUAUGUGAGCCAAAAUGUCUCGUCUCAGACAUUCUUGUCGUAGCCUCCAGCCAUACCUGAAAAGACAAUAAUAGAUUUGGCUGGAACCUACGGUCUGAUUAAAUAAAUAGGAUUGUCUCUACAUAUAUACACGCGCAUAUACUUAAUAUAUCUUUCUCUUUCUCUCUUAAACUUAAACUUAACUUUAACUCCUCCUUGAGUGAACUGACAUGACUAAGUAAAGACUCUAAUGUAAGAACUUAUAAAUUUUAGUAUCACACAGUCACGUAUUAAAUCUCUUACGUUAAACGUGUGUUAAAAACUUUGUUUUUUUAAAUUCUAUUCACUAUUUCUUUUAUUUUUAUUUAUCAAUCCAAGUAUGUAAAAAUAAUUUUAUUAAUGGCCAAUUAACAGAGUUAUAAAUUUUUUUUGGGUUAAAUAACCUUUCAUUCAGUAGCUUUGAGGUAGAUAAAAAAUAUAUAAAAUUUAUUGUGUGAAUAUUAGUAAUAAAAUAGAUAAAUUUUUAUAAAGAUUUUGAAAUAUUUAUGAUGGAAGGGCAACAGUUUUGUUUGAGAUGGCAUAAUUUUCAGAAUACGUUACUUAGUACGUUGCCUAAAUUAUUGGAUGGUGGUUACUUGACAGAUGUUACUUUAAGUGCUGGUGGCAGGCAUAUACGUGCACAUAAAAUUAUUUUGUCUGCUUGCAGUUAUUACUUCAAAGAAUUGUUUAAGGAUUUAAGUACUCUACAACAUCCUGUAAUAGUAUUACCAGGUAUGGAGUACUCAAAUUUAUGUGCAUUAGUAACAUUUAUGUAUAAUGGUGAAGUUAAUAUUUAUCAAGAACAAUUACCAGCACUUUUAGCAAUGGCUGAUACAUUACACAUACGCGGUCUUGCUGACAUUGCCGGGAAAAACUCUCAUCAAGACAAUGGACUAUUUAUUCACCCCACUGUACCAAAUGAAGAACCAGAAGUACCAAAUGACACGAUAAUAAAAGAAGAAAAAAUAGAAUCUUCCAAUUUAGGAUCAUCAAUGACAACAAAUUCUUCUAAUACCUCAAGUACCUCUAGCACAGCUAUACAAUCCGCAAACGAAAUACUCGAUUCAACAUCACAGUCACAGACAAAUGAUCCCGCUGAUGAUGACUUACUCAACGAUAAUCCGAACGAUAUACCAUGUAGUGUUAAAACGAAACCGUAUUAUUCAAUUAAUGCUAAAUUAGCUCAACGCGAACGCAAACAACAACAACAACAACAGCAGCUUAUGAAUUAUCAGAAUGGGCCGCAUCUAAAAGACAAAAAUAAUUAUAAUAAUGACGAUAUAAUGAUGAAUGAUGAACAAAAUAUAAUAAUAGAAGAUUUAAAAAAUAAUACUAUAAACGAUACAAAUUUACGAUUCUUAACAAAUAGUGCGGUAUCGGCAGCAGCAGCCGCUGCUGUUGCUUCGGGAAGAAAUAGUCAAACGUGCAAUAAAACUAGCGUUACUUGUUUAAUUUGCGGUAAACAAUUGAGUAAUCAGUAUAACUUACGGGUACAUAUGGAAACACAUAGUAAUAGCUCAUACAGUUGUACCGCUUGUUCGCAUGUAUCAAGAUCGAGAGAUGCAUUGAGAAAACAUGUCUCAUAUAGACAUCCUGUUGCUACACCACAAAAACGUCCGCGUUAUAGCCUUAAUAAACCAGAGAAUUUUGUGUGAUUUUAUUUUAUAAUUUUUUCUCUUUGUUUAGCGAAUUUAUUUUAUUUUUUUGUUUUUAUUAUAAUUUAACUAUUUGAAAUUUUUAAUAAAAUCCCUAUCAAAAGAAUCCAUGUGGGAUUGCAUGAGAGCCUAUAGAAAUCCAUAUAGAAAAGUAUGGAUUUAUGUGAGAAUCCAUAGGAAUUAAUGUAAGAGUGUAUGGGUUUGUACAAAAUCCACGUAGGAAAUCGUGGGUAUUUGAAUUUCCAUUAGGGAAAUCCACAUAGGAAACUAGAUGAAUGAAUUUCCAUGUAAGAAAUCCACAUAGGAAACGAUAGAGAUGGAUUCUUAUAUGGAAAAUCCACAUAGAAAACUGGAUACCUGAAUUCCCAUACGGGAAAUCCUUAUAGGAAACUGGAUAGAUGGAUUUCUUUAUGGGAUAUUCAUAUAGGAACCUGGGUUUCUAUAUCAGUAAUUUCUAUAGAAUCCGGGUAUCUGGAUUUCUAUGUCUAUCGUCUAUUGAUGCGCGUAUAUGAAUAAAAGAACAGAUUAAUAUUCCUAUAGGAAACCUAUGUGAAAAGGAAUCCAUCCGAAAACGCCAUGUGGGAACCCACAUAGGAAUCUAGGCUGUAUUCCCAUAUGGAUUUUUUUGAUAGGGAUAUUUAAAACACAUAUAUAAAAUAAAUUUUAUUUAUGAUGCCAAAAUAAAUCCAAAAAUUAAUAUAUUUAAUUCCGAUUCGAGAUAUUAAAAUUUUCCAUUCAAAAUUUGAUUUAUAAUCAUUUUUUCUUUUAGUUUAAAAAAUAAGAAAAAAAGCAAAGAAACCAAUGAAUUUGCAAAAAAAAAAGUUGUUAAAUACUUUUUUUUAGUAAAAAUAUUUAAUUAUUUAAAUAAUUAAUGGGAUAGUUUGAAUUAUUUUAGUGAUAAAAAACAUUUCGCUGUGUUGAUUAAAAGUGCCUAUAAAAAAAUAUAUUAAUAUAUAAGAUAUAUUAAAUUCAUACUUGAAAUAAAGUUUAACGAAGAAGUAGAAAAAGUAAAUCAAUUAAAGACAAUGAAAUAAAUUAAAUUAAAUAUUGAUAAGAUAUUUUUAUGUCCUUUAUUAAAAAGUAAUUUAUAAUCAUAUAAAUACUUAAAAAAAAUGAAAAAAAAAGUCAAUUGUAUAUAGCUCAACGUGACCUGAGAUGACUGUUUGGAUAUCUAGUCCAUUAUGUUUUUUGGGAGGGGGGAUUAAUUAAAAAUAUGCCAUAUAAUUACCUAUAUAUAUAUAUAUAUAUAUAUAUAAACAAAUAAAAAAGACAAGAAAAUUUAAUAAUAAUAUUGCUGAUUUACAAACAAUUUAUUAAGAAUUCAAGUAGACAAAAAAAAUUAUUUAAUUUAGAAAAUAAUUUCAAUUAUUAAUAAUUAUUACUGUGUUGUGUAGAUUUUUAUUGGCCGUAGAUAAGCAAUAACGUGUUAAGUAGCAUAGCCAUCAUUUUGAGAACAUUGCGUUUAAAAAUUGGUAGCGACUUUCAGUGAAAUUUCUUCCGAAAUCAUUUGAGCAUAAAUUGCUAGAGAGGUUAGAAAUCUAGUACCCGAUUGCUCAUGUAUUUGUAUAUCUAUAUUUACUAAAUUUUACUAGUCAAAUUCAAUUAACUCGGACAGUUUUUCUCGGAAAAUUUCGGCUUAUCGAAUGCCACUUAGCGAGUGGGAGACAGAAUUACUCGUAGUGGGGGUCAAGAUUCAGGAAGUUCCGACUUAAUGGAGUUCGACUGUACAUGGAAUGAUCGGGUACUAGAUUUUUUAACUUAUGUACUUCUAUUAAUUGAUAGUGAUCAGUACUAUUCAGAGAGUAGUAAAUACAGUCUAGUUAGCAUUCAAUACUUUCUAAAAUUUUGUUUUUUUUCAAGAAGUACUCAGUACUAUCCCAGAGAGUUGCCACUACUAUAUUGUUUUUUCCGUGUAACAAGCUAACUCUAUUUAGGAUUUUUGCAGAAACGUACCAAGUUACCAGAAUUUCCAUUAUAGUCAACAACUAGCCCUCUAUGAUCUAGUAUUUAAAUUCGAACUUGACUCAAUUUUCCAAAAAGUUUUAUUCCGGAUAAUUAAUUUGUAACAAUUUUGUAGAUUUUAUGAUUGAAAUGAAUUUUGAUUCAAUGCUUACUCGAAAAAGAUUUUUAAAUUACGAAGGAAUCAUUUGGUAUGAAAAUUUAAAAAAUUAGCUUUUGCCGGUCGAAAAGUUAUUGCUUAUCUGCGUCUAAUUAAUCAAUUAUAUUUUGAAUAAUUUUUUCUUGAGAUUUAAUUAAAAAAUAUUUUUAAAUUUAUAAAUAAUUAUGUUCAUUAUUGAACUUACAAAAAUUUUUUUAAGAGAAUCUCAAAAAAGUUAUUUCAUUGCGGGAUUAAAAAUAUUUAUAAAAAUUUGUUCAUAAGUAUUUAGUUGAAUGAUAAUAGAUAUAUAUAUAAAAAUUGUUUAGAGAGUUGGAGAAAAGAAAAAAUGAUUGUUGUAUGUA